AUUCGUCCUGACCAAACAGCGGAUCGUCAGCAAAUGCAACGAAUUAGAGCAGACGCUGCUGCACCGGUUCAGCAAGGCAUACAACGAGGGUAACGUCGAGGGGAUGAAAGCGUGUGCCAGCACACUCAGCCAUUCCAAAGGCUUCUCGCAGUGCAUGGACUUGUAUAUAGGACAGCACCCGUUCUUCUACCACACCACCGACCCUAAAACGUAG